AUCUUCAAUGAGUAAACAUAUUCCUCAGUUCUGUGGUGUUCUUGGCCACACAUUUAUGGAGUUUCUGAAGGGCAGUGGAGAUUACUGCCAGGCACAGCACGACCUCUAUGCAGACAAGUGAACUGUAAAAAUUCAAUACUGCUCCACCAAGAAGUCCCAGUAGAAGUGGUUAACUUGGACACAGAAGGAUUGAAUUGAAAUCCACAGAGCAUUUUAGAAGAGUUCUGACCUGGUUGGGGUAGACCUCAGUGCACUUCCUUCCUGUUGCCUCAGUAUCACUGGAUUGAAGAAUUGCUGCUUCUUGUUAGGAGGUUCAUUUCAUUUCCCAUUACUUCCAACUUCAUACUCAAAGCACUGAGAAUCGCAAGUGGAGGAUAGUGAAGUACACUUCAGUUUCUUUACGGAAUUUCUGUAUUCAGGUUUUUUUUUUUUUUAAUUUCAAUACCCUAGUAAGUGUUUUUUUUUAAGUAAAUUAACAUGGCUCGAAUGAACCGUCCUGCUCCUGUGGAAGUCACAUACAACAACAUGAGAUUUCUUAUUACACAUAAUCCAACCAAUGCAACAUUGAACAAAUUCAUUGAGGAUUGGCCUUUUGAUGAUGGUGCACCGCCGUCCAAUCAGAUUGUUGAUGACUGGUUAAGUCUUGUGAAGAUUAAAUUUCGUGAAGAACCUGGUUGUUGUAUUGCUGUUCAUUGUGUUGCAGGCCUUGGAAGAGCUCCCGUGCUUGUUGCGUUAGCAUUGAUUGAAGGUGGAAUGAAGUGUGAAGAUGCAGUACAGUUCAUAAGACAAAAGCGGCGUGGAGCUUUUAACAGCAACAAGCAACUUUUGUAUCUGGAAAAAUACCGUCCUAAGAUGCGGCUGCGCGUCAAAGAUUCCAAUGGUCAUAGAAACAACUGUUGCAUUCAAUAAAACUGGGGUGCCUAAUGCUGUUGCCUUGGAAAUAAAAGAGACGGGAUCUAAUUUGA